UUUUGUUUUACUACUAAUUCUACUUUUGAGAUGAUGUUCAUUUUCAAGUCAUGUGCAGUAGUUUUGGUGCUGGCUCUUGCUGUGUGCGGAGAACGCGAAGACGCAUACGAAUACCCAGAGUCCGAUACUGACGAAGUCACGAAGGAAUAUGAUGAUUAUGAUAACGAUAAGGAAACGGUAGCAUGUCCAGUAUCAGCAGAAGAUAUGUGCUUGCAAUACUUUUAUCCCCCUUUCAAUGGAGCUCCCGUAGAGUGCGACAAACCAAUCAUCUGUGGCGACCAUGUUUUUUUGAGUAAGCCUGUAGCACCUGCCGAGGUCGCAUGUGAAUGGGAUCCGGAGAAACCAACAGUUAUCACUAAGAUUUGCAACGGUAAAGGUAAUUGUACAUCAUUUAUCUUGGACGAAAGUGAUGACUGCCUAGGGCUCUAUUAACAAUGCCGAUGAUAUUUUCAACAUUGAGCACAUUAUAUUUGAGGAUUGCAAGGCAGAUCUGGUAUCGCAAAAUGUCAAAUAUUUUACGCACACGGAGAGAAGUAAAAUAUGAGCAAAAUCUGUGCAUUACAAUUUUGACAAAACUAUAACGAAAUUUUUCCUGAACGGUCCGCAAUAUUUGCCUGAAACCUCUGUGGAAAGUUACGAUAUUUCUCUCCAUCAAUCUAUUUGUAAGAGGAAAAGUGAAUAAAUAAAAAU